GAGUUAUAGACACAUUUUGGUGUCUCUGUUCACUGAUUUCAGAGUGUAUAUAGUUACCACUCACUCCAUUCCUAAAUAUAAAUCUUUUUUUAGAUUCUAAUAUAAAUCGGUAUGUAGUUUCUAUUGAAAUCCAUAAAGGAACUUAUAUUUAGAAACAGAGGGAUUAUACAUAUUAAAAUAUCCAAAACGUUUGAUAAUUCCGAAGAGGGAUGAUACAGUCCAUUCCGAGCAAAGAAUUUGUAAUUACCAACAAAGAGAAAUAAUGGCAAGAGGAGCAGUGCAGCGCACAACUUGCAGCUCUUCCGUUAUAUAAGGAGCCACCAUGGCCGCCUCAGUACAAACGCCUUGUGUGCUUUCCUCUCAACUCUAGUGUCGUCCCUCGCCAAGAACCAGCCACCGCCGCCGCCUCCCGGCCUCCGCUUCCGGGUCUCAAGGUCUCCGGCGUCAACCGAAGCAGCAGCGACAUGAAGCGACUGCUCAGACGGCUCUCCCGCGUGGCCGCGGCCGACGCCUGCGCAGCCGCCGCGUACCAGCCGCUCCGGCCGGACGCGGCCGCGAAGGCCUCCUCCACGGCCGCUACGUCGUCGUCCUCGUCGUUCUUCGGCGCGCGGAGGCUCGGCCGCGGGGCGCGGGUGCCGGAGGGGCACGUGCCGGUGUGCGUGGGCGAGGAGGGCGGCCCCGUGGAGCGCUUCGCCGUGCGGGCAGAGCUCCUGGGCCAGCCGGCGUUCAAGGCCCUGCUCCGGCGCGCCGCACAGGAGUACGGCUACGGCCACCCGGGCGCGCUCCGCAUCCCCUGCGCCGUCGCAAACUUCCGCCGCCUCCUCCUCGGCCUCUCCGACCCCGGCUGCCAGGGCACGGACAGUGACGACGCCGCGCUCUACUACUAGCCUUCUUGCCCGUUCGGCUGCCAUGGAGUGGAGGGCGUGAUUGGAAAUUUUCCCCCUAGCGAAGGCAAAUCGGUGAACCACCAGAGCGCCAAUUGCCAGCUGAUGUGUUCUGACCGAUUUGCCCCUGCGUGGAUGUUGUACAUAGCGAGGUCACACGGGGAUGGUGGAGGGUAGAACGAGGAUUCAGCCGCAUUUUCUACUGCGGCUCAACAAUUUUAGGACCUGCUGUCUUGUGGGAAUUCUUCUUCUUCUUCUGAGUGUUCUUGUAGCUAGCUCUAGAUCAAGCUCUCGUAGCUGCAUGAAGCCUCUUCUUACUCUUUUUUGCUAGGGAUUUUGAGGUCUUGAUAACACAUCAUGUAAGCCGCAAGGUUGGCCUCAUGUGAGUGAAAUGGAUGAUUUUGCCACUGCAAAAGUUUGAUACAGGA